AUGAAACGUGGCACUGGAUCGUCACUAUCAGGCAGAUUGCAGUUAUCAGAAGAAGAUGUCCAAGCAGCAGAAGCGCUAGAUGUAUUAAGAAAUUCACAUGGGCAAAGAGAACAUCUCAUGAUCAAUGUGCAAGGAGAUCGAGUUGAUGAUAAGACGGGAGUACCUUUGCAACAAAGUAGCGACUCGUUGUUGGAUAGAGUUCGGAGGAACUCUGUGAUCAGCAACGUUGUGUCGCUCUAUGAGAUGAAAAGUAAGAAGAGGACGGCUUCUGCUGUAAGCAACAAUACUGAGGACAGUGCGAAGUCCGGCAGCGACGAUAGAAGCUCGGAUAGGGACGAUUGUAAUGCGUUUGUCGAAGACGAACAAUCGCGCAAAGAGUCGGCAGUCUCCAAGAGACAAAAGAUCACCGAUGUGAUUGCCAAGAGUAAAGGUAAUCUGAAGGAGUAUCAGCUUAAUAUGUCGAUUGAAUCGAAGAAACGUCUGAUUGCGUGUUUGCAUUUAUUGAAACUGGCUAACAAGCAGCUAACCGAUAGAGUGUCAGUGUUGCAGGAACAAGUAGAAAGAGAAAGGAAGAACAAGAAGACCAACAAGCGAAUGAAGUGUGAAAUUCAGGAGGGCGACGCGGAAGAGAAUGGCGAUAACGACGACGAUGAAAGCGAAGAUGAGUAUUUUGAUGCUGCGGAAUCCGUCGACGAGCAAUCUAAAGUGAUCAAAAUGGAAGUCGUAGGGACGGUCAAGAAAGUUUAUUCGCUUAUAUCAAAGUUUGCUGGUAACUCGCUUCCCGAACCAGCACGGUCACAAGUACGCCAGACUUUGCUCAAUCUUCCAACCAACUGGACGAUAAGCGUGAAUAAAUCAUCCUUGUCUCGCAAGGCUCAUCGAAGUCAGAAACAUCUGAGCGCAAAUGGAAAAAUUCUCAUCUUGGCUGAGGAGUCCUUGAACGUGGUAAGGAAUGUCAUGCAAGUCGUCGACUGCAGCCUCGGUAGAGCGGAAGAGUGGGUAAAACAGAAACAAGAAGUAAAAGAGCUGCUGAAGGAAAGGUUCCUGCAGCAGCAGCUCAAGAUGCAAAUUAGGGAGCAAAUAGAGAAGGAGAGACAGGAAAAACAAGCAUAA